AUGGCCGCGCCAAUUGCCUCACAGGCGCUCAAGGCGCGCAUCAAGCGUCCCUCGAUGCUCAGCAAGCUCUGCCACCCCGAGGACAUGCUCAAGCACUUCCCCAAUGGCUCCUACAUCGGCUGGUCGGGCUUCACAGGUGUCGGAUACCCAAAGAAGAUGCCGACCUACCUAGCCGACCACGUCGAGAAGAACAACCUCCAGAGCCAGCUGAAAUACACGCUAUUCGUUGGAGCCUCGUCCGGCGCCGAGACAGAGAACAGAUGGGCGGCUUUGGACAUGAUCGAGCGCCGGAGUCCUCAUCAGGUCGGCAAGGCGAUCUCGAAGGGAAUUAAUGAGGGCCGGAUCAAGUUCUUCGACAAGCACUUGUCCAUGUUCCCCGUCGAUCUUGUCUACGGCUUCUACACGAAAGACAGGCCGAACAACAAGCUUGAUGUGGUGGUGGUAGAAGCGACAGACAUCAUGGAGGAUGGCAGCAUCGUUCCAGGUGCGUCAGUAGGCGCAACUCCGGAACUGAUUCAGUUGGCAGACAAAAUCAUCAUUGAGGUGAACACGUCUUUGCCCAGCUUCGAGGGGUUGCACGACAUCACAAUGACGGAUCUCCCACCCAACCGAAAACCCUACCUAAUCAUGUCGGUGGAGGAUCGGAUAGGACGGACAUCAAUUCCCAUUGACCCCGAGAAGGUUGUGGGCAUUAUCGAAUCAGACUACCAGGAUCACACGCUCCCGAACUCGCCCGCCGAUGCAGGUUCGAAAGCAAUUGCAGGUCAUCUAAUCGAGUUCUUCGAGCACGAGGUCAAGCACGGCCGAUUGCCAAAGUCGCUGCUCCCUCUUCAGUCUGGUAUCGGAAACAUCGCAAACGCUGUCAUCGGAGGACUCCAGGACUCCAACUUCUCCAAUCUCAAGGUCUGGACCGAAGUCAUCCAGGACACAUUCCUCGACCUCUUUGACUCCGGCAAGCUCGACUUCGCAACUGCCACCUCCGUCCGCUUCUCCCCCGAGGGCUUCAAGCGAUUCUACGACAACUGGGACAGCUACCGCGACAAGCUCCUGCUGCGCUCUCAGCAGGUCUCCAACUCACCCGAGAUCAUCCGCCGCCUGGGCGUCAUCGGCAUGAACACGCCCGUCGAGGUCGACAUCUACGCGCACGCCAACAGCACCUGCGUCAUGGGCAGCCGCAUGCUCAACGGACUGGGCGGCUCGGCCGACUUCCUGCGCAGCUCCAAGUACAGCAUCAUGCACACGCCCAGCACGCGGCCCAGCAAGACCGACCCCCACGGCGUCAGCUGCAUCGUGCCCAUGUGCACGCACAUCGACCAGACCGAGCACGACCUCGACGUUAUCGUCACCGAGGUCGGCCUGGCGGACGUGCGGGGCCUGAGCCCGCGCGAGCGUGCUCGUGUGAUUAUUGACAAGUGCGCGCACGAGGUCUACAGGCCGAUCUUGAAGGAGUACUUCGAGAAGGCCGAGUUUGAGUGCCUGAGGAAGGGAAUGGGCCACGAGCCCCAUCUGUUGUUUAACACCUUUGACAUGCACAAGGCGCUGCUGGAGGAGGGCAGCAUGGCCAAGGUGAAGUGGUAG